CAGGGAUUUCAAAUUCCAAAACAGAAAAACAAAUAAUCGUGUAAAGCACGUGUGCAGCAACCCCAGGCGCUGUAACGGACUGAUCGUUCGUCCUCACGGAGACAGCCGCAUCCGUGUUGCCAUUUGUUACCUGCCAUUGAGCUAUCAGAAGUGUCGCACGCCGGCAGGAAGCGCGCGGCCUCUUGACUUACAUCCGUUGAUAAACGGCUCGGUGGCACGAUGUUAGCUCAGUUCUCGACCCGUGCAGUGCUGUUGCUUCGCUGCGCGCCUGCAGCCGGUGCUUCCCGGGCGACCAUGGCUACCAAGAGCAAGAUACCGGCCGAGUAUCGCAAACUAGUGUGCGUCAAGACGACGCCGAAGUUCCGCGAUGCAGUCUCCACUGUUAAGGUGCCCACGCCGAAACCCGGGCCGGGUGAGGUGCUCGUGCGGACCUGCUACGCCGGUGUCAAUGCUUCGGAUGUCAACGCAACCGCCGGCCGGUACGAACGGGCGUCCAAGGACCUCCCGUUCGACCUGGGCUUUGAGUCGGUCGGCGAGGUGGUCGCGGUCGGUCCGGACGUCGAUGGACUUAAGGUCGGCAACGCCGUGGCCACGACUAAUUUCCCGAAGUUCGGCGCGUUCGCCGAAUACCAAUGCGUGCGGGCAGAGCUUGCGUACCGCAUACCACAGGUGAUACCCGAGGUAGUGCCGCUCCUGGUAAGCGGUCUGACGGCCGCGAUCGGCCUUGACCAACAGGGGCGCAUCAGCGCUGGCGAGACUGUGCUGAUUACGGCGGCCGCAGGUGGUCUCGGUCACCUGGCCGUGCAGUACGCGCGGGCCGCCGGCUGCCGCGUGGUGGCCACAUGUUCUUCGGACCAGAAGGAGGAGUACUUGCGCAGCCUGGGCUGCGAGAAGGUCAUCAACUACCGCAAGCAAGACUUGGGUGCCGAGCUGGGCAAGGCGUAUCCCGAAGGCGUCGACGUUGUCUGGGAGACCGUGGGCGGCGAGACUUUCGACACGCUCUUCAGGAAGCUGCGUCCGCGAGGUCGCCUCGUAGUGGUAGGCGCCAUUAAGGGCUAUCUCCAGGGUGACAAACCAUUCCCAGAUGUUGAUCUGCGCAACCUGCCCUACCGACUGCUCGCACGCUCAACCACUCUGGCGGGCUUCUUGCUUUCCGACUAUGCCCACUUGUAUCAGGAGUACAUUGGUAAGCUGUACAUGAUGCUGCAGGACGGCAGCCUAGUUCCCAGGGUUGACUUGGGAUUGAAUGCAGAGGGUGGGGAGCUGAAGGGUGUUGAAGGGUGCAUCCGCGGUGUGGAGUACCUUCACUCGGGAAAGAGCGUAGGCAAGGUGGUUGUCAAGUUUGACUGACCUCUCCACCAUCCAGCGAAUCUGUACUCGUAACUGAUCGUUUCAAAAAGGUCGAAAACCGCUCUGGAAAGGUGUUUGUCAAGUACAGCUGACUUUCCCACAGACACGCCCACAUGAUGUUGCCUAGUUGGUGGAGGACAGCAGGGUCGGAAAAUACAUUACAGAUCGCAAGCUGAAAUAGAGCUGGAAGGGGGCAUCAACAGUCAAUGUCUAAAUCUGACCUCUCAAUUUGAAAUUCACUGGUGUAUGAUGAAUUUCAUUUUAACACGAUAGCUUUAAGGGCCUCGAGUCGCAGAAAAUCCUGCAUCCAGCACCGAACGUCAUUUGGACAAAAAAUUUCAAACCACGCGGACCCAAUGUGGCACAAGGAA